AUGGGGUUAUCUUCAUCAAAACGGGUCGCCGGAAAACUACGAGAUUCACCGGAAUUCAGCUCAGCGUGCGAAACAGUCUACCAACAGUUUCUCUCUCUCGCCCAACAAGCUUUCCCGGGCAUCCCCCGCUACCAACUCGUUUCAGCUUCCGACAGUCUCUACCAAACCCUUUCAGAUCUGCACCUCCCUUUGAUCGAUAAAUGGGUAACUUCGCCUCCCACCCGUUCCCAAAUCGACAAAGCGAUUCAAAAAGCCAUCCCGGAGGAUGGUGACGGAGAUGAAAUUGUCACGCUCGGGGAAGUAGAGUUCAAGGAGUUCGCUAUGGAUUUGUACUCAGACGCCAUCGUUUCCAACGCCGGGAAGGCUAUUCUACUGAAGGUGCCUGUCGGUGUUGCUGGGAUUGUCGGAAUUGGGGUUGCGACGCGGUCAGGGAUGCAGGUGGUUGGGACGGUGAUCGGAGUUUACGCCGUCGGUAUUGCGACCUCGGUUUAUCUCAGUUUGGGUGGUUAG